UUGGUUUUUCGACUAUUACAAAAAUGAGAUUUUUGCUUGUUAUUUGUUUAGUUGCAUCGUGUUUUGCAGCCCCCCAACAAGGAUAUGACGAAGCCCCUGCCCCGUACGACUUUAACUACAAAGUGGAGAAUCCUCCAACAAACACGUAUUUUGGCCAAAACGAAGUCGGGGACAUAACCGGGAGGGUGACAGGCUCGUACUAUGUAUAUCUCCCAGAUGGGAGACUGAUGACAGUUGAGUAUGUCAGUGACCAAAAUGGCUACGUCCCUAGAAUCACAUUUUCGCAAAAUGGACAUCCUGUACAUGGCUAAACCACACAAUGUAGUAUAAGAUUAUUUAUCAUUUUUGUACACCGCUUUUGCAAUAAAUUCUCAUUU